CUCUUCCGGGUUUUUCUGACCUCGGCUCAAUGUGAGGAGGACUCUGGCUGCUUCGGGCGCCGGGUGGAUCUUGCGGGAUGAAGAGAGCUCCGGUGGUCCUCUUUUUAGGCUGGCUCUCGCUCCUUUUCUGUUUAAGCAUCUGGCUUUUCACGAGUGGAUUCCUUCUUAUGAGAAUUGAGCUCAACAACCAGAGCUCGUGCUCCGAACGCCCUUCUUCAGGGUCCCGGCAAGGCGACUGCUGGCUCCCACGCAAGUUCCAGAAGGCAGUGGUUGUCAUCGUAGACGCUUUGAAGUACGACUUUGCCAAAUAUGACCCAAGAAACGCCAGCCCCAAGUCGUUUCAAAACAAGAUGGCGGUUAUACAUCAGCUCACUCAAUCCCAGCCUAAACAUGCCAGAUUAUACCCUUUCCGGGCCGACCCUCCCACCACAACCAUGCAGAGGAUUAAGGGUCUGACCACUGGGUCUCUGCCAACGUUUGUUGAUGUGGGCAGCAACUUUGCCAGUUAUGCCAUUCAGGAGGACAACCUGAUCCAUCAACUGGUGCAGAAUGGAAGGAGAGUUGUCUUUAUGGGGGAUGACACGUGGGAUGGCUUAUUUCCCAAAAAAUUCCACAAAUCCUAUUUUUUCCCUUCCUUCAACGUCAAGGACCUCCAUACAGUGGAUGAUGGGAUCCUGAGGCACCUCUACCCAACUGUGGAUGGAGGAGACUGGGAUGUCCUGAUAGCCCAUUUCCUCGGCGUCGAUCACUGUGGUCAUAAGCAUGGACCGGACCACCCAGAGACCGCUAAAAAACUAACACAGAUGAACCAGAUGAUAAGCUCUCUGAUAGAGCACCUGGAUGAGAAGACACUGCUGGUGGUGGCUGGAGAUCACGGGAUGACCGACACUGGAGACCACGGAGGAGACAGCGAAAAGGAGGUCACGGCCGCUCUGUUCCUGUACAGCAAAGCACCGCUGUUUGACAGCAACCUGGAAACGGACCCGGAACCCGUCCCUCAGGUGAACCUGGUUCCAAGUCUGUCUCUCCUGCUGGGAGUUCCCAUCCCGUACAGUAACCUGGGAGCCGUCAUGGAAGAUCUGUUCUCCUCGGUCCGCGCCAAGGCAGCCGCGUAUCAGAUCAAUGCAUGGCAGGUUGACCGCUUCUUGCAUUCGUACUCUUUGGCUGCCGCGGAUCUGCCCCCCGAGAAGCUGAGACGUUUGAGGGACGUAUUCUCCUCGGUCACAGCGGAGUACGACGACGUGAUGUCCGAGUGGAGCCAGAACUUGGUCACCGAGUUAGAGCUUGAAGGCCGUCUCCAGAAGCUGGUUCCCAGACUGCAGUCCUACCUCCUGGAGGCCAGAUCCAUGUGCAUGGAGUCCUGGGCCCGCUUCCACCCUGGGCAUAUGCUGGCCGGCUGCCUCGUUCUCUGCCUGUGCUGCCUCGUAUGUUACCUGGUGGCAGAGACCGGCACGGCCUUCAGUUUCUCAUACAAGUAUCUGCUGGCUUUCCCUGUAAUGUGGUCUCUGGGUGCAGCCGCUUUGCUCGGGGUAUGCGCAUGGGCCUCGGUGGUUGAAUUGGAUCCUGUCUCCUUCUGCGGUUUGGUCUCGUUUGCCUCUCAGCUGAGCUUCUUCUACUAUUUCAGGAAGCAGAGAUUCGCGAAAGCCAAGCCACGUUCACCGGCCGCUUUUCCUCUGCUUUCCGUCACUUGCGUAAUUCUUUUCUUUCGAUGUUGCUCUCUGUUUUCGGACAGCUUUGUAGUGGCCGAGGGGCACGUGGCUCCCUUCCUUUUGACUUCGUUACUAACGGUGACAGUAGUCACGGUUCACUGGGAUGGCAGAUUAACUCUACCCACCUUCACCCCGUUUGGGAGCGAGUCUCUGAAACCUUCCCUCAGUCCGAACUACAAGAAGGACGGUCCGCGUCUCUUGGGGCUGCUGGCGGCCUUGACGUUCUGCGUCCGCCUCUCGGCGAUCUUUCAUAACUGCCGCGAGGAAACCCCGGACUGCCAGCCCUCCCCGUUUUUGUCACCGCUAUCCAGCGUGCAGGACCCCCAGACGAAGAAUCUCUCCUACCUGGUGUGUGUGCUGUGCCUGGGCGCUAUCGUCUAUCUGGUUAGAAAGUGGAUGCAGCAUUAUGGAAACCUCAACAGCCCCUCGCCGCUCGUGCUGUAUGUACGUUGGGGGCUUCCUUUGGUGGCUUUGGCCAUCUCUUGCUAUUGGGCUCUGGGCUCGGGGGCCGAGGAUAGUUUUGCCAGGCUGCGUGAGCUCACCCAGCUGGCCCUCGUGGCCUUUCCUAGAGCCAUAUACUGCUUGGCAGGGCUGGGUCUCCUGCUCGUAUUAUGCAGCCCCGUGAUGGUGUUCAUGAAGAGGAGCCGGGACUAUGAGGCCGAUAACACGGUAACUACCUACCGAGGGGCACCGGCCUCGCAGGCCGAGUUACUCCACGUUAUCCCUCAGAUUUACAGGAAGAUGCAGCGGACGCUGAAGAGCCGCUUACAGCGGGAGCCAGAAGAGGAAGGGAAGAAGCCGGCCGCCGUGGAGGCCUACGGUCUGGGCAGUGUGUAUUCGGCCGCCAUGCUGGUCACGCUCACUUUGCUCUCUCUCGUCCUUCUCUUGCUUCACAGUGAGAGACUCGCUCCCUCCUUUCUUCUUCUGCUUGUCGAAGCCGGAAUUAUUCUGCAUAUACACGGCCACGUCUGCAACCUCCGCUCUGCACCCAACAUGGACGACCUGUUCUCAGUGCCGUGGUACGCAGUCACGGCCUGGGGGCUCGCAGCCACUCAUGGCUUCUACGCCACGGGGCACCAGCCGGUCUUCCCAGCCAUUCACUGGAACGCGGCGUUCGUCGGCUUCCAGGAAGGACACGGCAACAAUAUAAUCCCCGCCAUCUUCGUGGCCGCCAACACCUUCUCAGCACAGAUUCUGUUCUCAGUUGGGUCCUCUCUGCUGCUCCUCUGGCCGUUCCUGUGCGAGGCGUCCACCAGCAGGAGAAAGAAGGCAAAGACCGAGCCGCGGGAAGGCAAGGCGGAGGAGGAUGAGGCGCCCAUGAUGGAGAUGAGGCUACGAGAAAAUCCAGACCGGUUCUCCGCAGCUCUGCUCCAGCUGGGGGCCAAGUGCCUCUUCGUCCACGGCGUGCAGCUGCUGUCAUGCGUCUGCGCAGCCAUGAUUCUCCGGCGCCACCUCAUGGUCUGGAAAGUGUUUGCACCAAAGUUCCUUUUUGAGGCUUUGGGGUUCAUGGUCAGCAGCGUGUUUCUUCUCCUGGGCAUUGCACUGAUUUUGAGGAUAGACUGUGCCGUCAGCAGCUGGUUCAAGACACUGAUCCUUCACCAUCCCAGGUAGCACCAGAGGGCAGAGAUGUUACGGAGAAGCCCCUCGGAAUUCACCUUGUGCCUAAAAUCCUUCUCUGUGACGACUCGGACACAUCUAACGGUGAAGACCCUCCAGCUAAACUGCAUGAACUACGACGCUCGAUCUCUGCAGUUGGGUUUAAUCAGACCAAACGUGAUAUACGGCUGCGCCUCGCAGAUGCCAGAUCCAUUAUUGAUAGAACUUGGACCCGUUCAAUAUAUUACAAGCUCUUCCAGACCUCAAAGCCAUCACUCGUCAAUGCUGGACAAAUCCUAAAAACGUUACUGCCGCCCGCCGAUGCAGAAAUCAAGGGAUGUGGAUUUCUCUGCCGCCAUUUAUCAACCUCAUGUGGUGUGUCACGUUAUCGCACGCAGACUGGGGUGAUAACAACAUAUAAAAGGCAAUUCCAACAGAACAAACUGCCAGCAACGCAGCAAACGGAGCAGAGACAUGAAAAAUGUAUAAUAAUUUUUCAGAUGUCGCAUAGGGCCUUAAUUUUUUUAUUUUAUGUGUCAGCGAAAACGUAUACUUUUUAUACAACAAAACAAUGUAACAGAAAAAACAAGAAAGUUCCCUCUAGAAUUCUGAAACGUCACUGCAGGAUGGGAAGCUGUAUCUGAAUCUCUUUCUAUACAUAACCCAUU